AUGGAUUUCUCGGCAAUGUCGGAGUCUUUGGUUGCCCGGCUUCGAAAGCUGGUUCCGCAAGCCUUCGAGGAUGGCUUUUGUCACGACUCACCUUUGAUGUGGCGCGAGCGGUUCCUGCAGUUUUGCCAGUAUGGCAACAGCAUAUUGGCAUCGGCAAUGGAGCGAGUGGAGGGCUUGCAGACGUCCCACAUCAUGGGUUUGGACGACAGCGAAUCCAUGGAGACGGAGCGGGGGUUUGACAAUGGCCACGCGGGUACUUCCCGGAGGCCCUUUCGCCACUGCAGUUUGGGCCAAGCUGUAAAAGAGAAGGUUGCUGCUUUCUUGGCCGACUUGAUGCUCCUCUGCGAUGCCGUGGCCGUUCGAGUUGUUCUGCAUCUUCCGAUGCAGGAAGCCCGGUUCUUCGAGGGACACCCUGCCUUGCAGGAGGCGGAUCGGCGCCUGAAGUUCACGAAGUGCUUCUUCCCGAUGUCCACAUUCGGUUGCUGCAAGCAGCUGCUGGGACAAGCACUUCAGGUUUGCGAUCUAGUGCUUUUGCGGCACCGACGUUCGGUUGAUUCGCUAAUGGCGAUUAAUCUGCCGCGAUUGCUGGAUGCAAUGGCACGAGAUCUGGUUCUCCAGGACUUGGAUGAGUGCUUCAUGCUGCAGCGGUGUGCUGGGAAUCCUUAUGGGGAUCCGAGAGCCCGGCGAUGUGAUUUCAGGCUGGAGGACGUGGACUGCUAUGUCACACGGUCGACUGGGUCGACGAUCGUGGUACCACGGCCGCAUUGUGGGGUUUUGUGCUUGGUGUGCCUUGCUUUUUUGGGGUGGAUUCUCGGCUUGCUGAGUCGGCGAUGCAGACCUCAGUGCUGGACGCUCUCGGAGAGGAUCGCCCUAUCUGACCCAGAGAGCUUAAAUUCUAAUUCGAUGAAAUCGAAGUCGGCCAAGAAAGAUGAUAAAAAGAACAAGAAAGAGAAGAAAGACACGAAAGGUGACAAGAAGAAGAAGAAGAAAGGUUCUUCCUCAGACGAGGAGAAUGACGAGGACAGCUCCGAGUCGUCGCAGUCCUCGCAGGGGCUGUUUUCCGAGAUCCAGGCGAUGUUUUGCCUUCGCCAGAAGGAUCUGGCAAGGCAGAGUGGCCAGGACAAAAUGGAUGAUUUGACGACUCGCCAGAUCGCUUUCGUGAUCUCCGGCGCCGGGGCCGGCUCCUACCUGGCGGCCGCCGAUCUCCAGGAGAUCGGCGGCGAGCUCGAAGCAGUCCACAGCGACAGGGCUCAGCACGUGAAGAAGACGAAGCAGAAGGUGGAGGAGAAUCAGGCGACAGCACAGGCUGCCUUGGCUAGCACUCUGUGGAGGAAGCGACUUGCGAAGUCUUGUUUCUACGGGGCAGCUUUGUUGGACAAGUUCAAGGAUGUUUUGAAGAAGAAAUGGAGGAAACAAGAACUGGAAAACCUCUUGGAAGCUGAGAUAGAGAAGCUCCGCAAGGAAGCCACCUCCGAUCUGCAGGAGAGCCUCACAAAGGCAAAGGGAAAGGACCCAAAGCCCCCAAAGAUCAAGGCUAGCAAAGCCGCUGUUAAGGAGGAGGCUGUGAAGGAGGAGGAAGAGGAGGGCUCUCCGAAGGGUGAAGAUGAUGAUGAAGAUGAUGAAGAUGAUUGUGCUAGCCAGAAAUCGGAGGCAAGCGGCGGGGCAAAGGUCAAAGAGGAGAGUGCCGACGAAGAUCAGCCGGAGCAGGAGCCAGCUGAGGAGGAGGAGGAAGCUGAUUCCUCAGACCAAGAUCUCUUUGCGGGCACGUUUGCCCGUAGCCGAAACAUGCCGCCAAGCAAGCAAGACGCCGGCACAAAGUUCGACCAGCUUUCCCCGCAGCUUAAAAAGCAAGCCCAGAGCAUCGAGCAGUCUGUGCUAAAGUCAUUGCCCAAAGACAUCCCCCAGCAGCUCGACUGA